AUGAAUGUUAUUUCAUUGAAUAUCCGCGGUAUAGGGAAUCAUGGUAAAGCGGAUUGGGUUCGUCGUCUUCGGACUCACAAUGAGGUCAAUUUUUUAAUGUUGCAGGAAACACAAUGCACUUCUUUGGAUACGGUGAACUUAGGGCGUUUCUGGGGGGUUGGGGAAUUUAUUUUUGAUUGGGUGUCAUCUACGGGUAGAUCGGGAGGUUUGUUGUCUAUUUGGGAUCCUCAGGUGUUCGUCAUGGAUAGGGUGGUGAAAAAUCCUAAUUGGCUUCUUGUUUCCGGGGUGAUCAAAGGGAGUGGGUGUCCGUGUCAUGUGCUUAAUGUGUAUGCUCCGCAGAAUUUAGUUGCUAAACGGGUUCUGUGGACAGAGAUUAUUGGGUUGGUUGGUGAGGGGGUUGGUAGGUGGAUUGUGGCUGGGGAUUUUAAUUCGGUCAGAAGCGCUGAGGAUAGGCGGAACUCUAGUUUUAAUGUGGUUGAGGCUAAUGAGUUCAAUGAUUUCAUUGAUGCGGCGAACCUUCAUGAGUACUCGUUGAAAGGGAGGCGUUUUACUUUUGUUGCAGAGAGAUAUAAGUCCGAUCAUAGUCCUCUGCUGUUGAAGAUGGGUUCGAGAAAUUUCGGCCCUAAGCCCUUUAGAUUCUAUAACUCGUGGCUUGGUCGGGAUGAUUUUGGUACGAUUGUUAGAAGCACCUUAGAAGAUGGCUCGUUCACUGGUAAUCCGGACUCGAUUCUAAUGACGAAGUUCAAGGUUUUACGUAAAAAUAUUUCCAAUUGGGUGGCUGAGGUUAAAGCGAAUGAAAAGGAGGAGAGGCGUUUAUUGGAUCAUGAGCUCUGUGUGUUAGAUCAAGCUUUGGAAAGUAGAACUUUAUCGGAGGAGGAGGUUUGGACUUUGGCAGAGAUAAAACGGCGAAUCGGAGAACUAGAUGAUUUUAAUCAUCGUGAUUUGAAACAGAAGGCGCGGUGUAAUUGGGCUACUUACGGGGAUGAUAACUCGAGAUAUUUUCAUGGGUUUAUUAACAAACGUAAGGCGUUUAAUCAUAUUCCAGGUUUGGAGGUUAAUGGGAGGUGGGAAACGAAUCCGAUUAUAAUUAAACGAGAGGUUAUGGGUUUUUUCCGGUAUAAGUUUAAAGAAUCUUUGUGUAACCGGCCGAAGCUUGUGUGUUAUGGGUUGUCCACGUUGAACUUAGUGGACGCUGAAGGGUUGGUUGCUGAGUUCUCGGAGCAGGAAAUCAAACGAGCAGUUUUUGACUGUGGCGCGGAUAAAGCGCCUGGUCCUGAUGGAUUUAACUUUAGAUUCAUUAGGCAUUUCUGGGACUUGUUCGAGACUGACUUUGUUGAUAUUUUGGGUCAUUUUCACUAG